CGGAGUCGUAUUCGUGACGUGCGGCGUCGCACGUGUGGCGUCAUCAGUCAUCGCCGCAAGCGUCCGUAGGCGCCGCGACCUCCCGGGUUGCGGGGUUAGAUCCGAGAUGCUCCGGUUGUACCGGGCCGCUUUGCAGGCCUGUCUUCGACCCUCUGGCUCCCGGGUCCUUAACUCGCUAGCAGAAGACGCGGCGCGGCCGGACGAGUUUUCGGAGCCGGGGGAUAAUAGCCCAGGUCUCCUAGAUCCCGUGUUGCGGAAGUGUGAGCUCCGGAUCCCGGCGCACCGACGCCCGGUGCAGGCCUGGGUCGAGUCUCUGCGAGGCUUCGAGCAGGAGCGCGUCGGCCUGGCGGAGCUGCACCCUGAUGUGUUUGCCACGGCGCCCCGGCUGGACAUUCUGCACCAGGUUGCCAUCUGGCAGAGGAACUUCAAGAGAAUCAGCUAUGCUAAGACCAAGACCAGGGCUGAGGUGAGUGGUGGUGGUCGCAAGCCCUGGCAACAGAAAGGCAGUGGCCGUGCCCGGCAUGGCAGCAUCCGUUCCCCCCUGUGGCGGGGAGGAGGCGUAGCCCACGGUCCCCGGGGCCCUACAAGCUACUACUACAUGUUGCCCAUGAAGGUGCGGGCGCUGGGCCUCAAGGCGGCCCUGACGGUCAAGCUGAUGCAGGAUGACCUACGCAUUGUGGAUUCCCUGGAGCUGCCCACGGCAGACCCCCAGUACCUGACAGAGCUGGCCAAAUACCGCCGCUGGGGGAGCACCGUGCUCCUCGUAGACUUGACAUAUGAGGAGAUGCCCAAGAACAUCCUGGCAGCCACCUCAGGCCUCAAAACCUUCAACCUGAUCCCUGCGGUUGGCCUGAAUGUGUACAGCAUGCUCAAACACCAGACGCUGGUCCUCACCCUGCCCUCCAUCGCCUUCCUGGAGGACAAGCUACUCUGGCAAGAUUCAAGAUACACACCACUCUACCCCUUCCGCUUGCCCUACAAUGACUUCCCCUAACCCCGCCCUGGCCACCCACGGGGCUGUCCCCCUCGGCAGCCAGGUUAGGGUACCAGCCAUCCUGCAAAAAAAAUCUGUUCCCUGGAAGUUGCUGGGCCUUUUUGCCACAAGGGGAUAACUGCACAGAACCAGGAUGAGUACCUGCCUGGGAGCUCUUUUGUUACGUUAAAAAUAAGCCUUAUUUUUCACAAGACUGGAAUGGAGCUGGUCACUGCUGUGGGAUCCCAUCAGCUCUUAGGCUGUUCAUCCAGUGCUGGACAUCCUUGGUACCUCUCCUCCAGAGCGCAGCCUGCUUUGAUACAAACUGCCAGGAGGAAUUACUUCCUGCUGAGGCAGGUGUUGGAGUUGCUUAGAUGCCAGGCCAGCAGGCUGCACUCUUACCUCUCUGAGGGUCUGCCACCUGGAUGCCAGGCACACUUCCUUAUAGCUCCCUUCAGGCACAGAAUCAGACAAGCCAAUGGCUUUUGUUCUCGUGAUAAAUAAACCUGUUUAAAGAGA